AGCACCGAAAGAUUCCCUCGCCCAGCUUAUCACCUAGUAUUGUUAUGGGGAAAAAAAUGGGAGGAAGGAGUGGUAUGCACUCCUUAAGCUCCUAAAGGAAGGGUGAAAUAUUUUUAAAAAGAUACUAAACUAAGGCAUACUUUUGUUUUGAAAUAAGAGGAAAAUUGUCAUAUCCUUAAUAGUUUUCGUGUUUGUUCUGUGAUGGUAAACCUUGUGUAGGAGGAGACUUCUUGCUUUCUUGACUAAGGUUGAUGUCUAUCUUUUGACAUUCUAAAGGCGUGCUAGUUAGAUUAUAAAUCUGGAUAAACUGAAAUACUGAUUUUAGAAUUAUCAAAAAAUUUAUUCUUAUAUCUUUUCUUUCCCCAUUCAUAUUCAAGCUUUUUCAUUUUGAUUAUGUGUUUUCUAACAUUGAAAAGCAGUUUUGGGAUUAACUGAUUCAAAUAUUAAACAAUUGAUGCCUUUGAAUUUGCUUUAGUAUACUUAGAUUGCUGUUUGUGUUCAUUUUCUGUUUGGGCACCUCCUUCUCCCACCCUACUAUUUAAAACUACUGCCUUCAGAUACACUGGAAUGUUUGCAGUAAUCUCCUAAGGCAGCUAAGUUGUUGAGCUGUCAAGCAGAAUUUGUUGGAUCACUCAUUUGAGUCACUUUAAUCAUAAGGUUUGCUAUUCAUUACAUGAUGCUUGUGUUAGGCAGAUCUAGGAAUAUUAAGUAUUAAGUACUCAUUAGCUCAAGUAACAUUUAGGUCUCUAAUCAUUGUGAAUUGGGUGGAAGUGAGGAGUCCUAGAAAACGUAAAAAUUAGUAAGUUAUGGGAGCGUUUCUAUACAUCCAAAAAUGGUUAGGGUGACCCAUGUCACUGCUACUAUGGACUGAGAAGAGAAAAGAGAUGCUUUGAAACUUUGAAUUGGAUUGAUUGAGCUCUGAAAUAGAUGGGGGGGAUAUUGUAAUAAGCUGGACAUUAAUACAUAUCAGGAGGUACACAUGGUCAUUUUCCUGCUUACUGAAUCAGUGAUUGAUCCAAUGUCCUUAACAAAUAUUUAAGUCCAACUUAUUUAAGAACAGCGGUCUCAUUUCCUGCCUUUGUAUAUUUGAUGGCUUCUCUUCUACUAAAUAAGAAUUUUGAUGGAAGGGAAAAGAAAUAGUCUGAGGGCUUAAAAAAUUGUGGAUUAUUUCAAGCCAGUUUGGAAACAGUCAGUAUUCUAGACUCUAUUAUUUCUGUUCCGGUCGGUUUUGAUCUCAUUCAUCUUGGCCAAAGAUUAUUGACUGUCAUACUUCCUAUGCUUUUUUUGUGGUGGAGUGCAUUUUCCUCCUUUAAGUCUAGUGUGAUAAAAUUGGCACUAGCUGAUAAGUGGAGAUUCAAUUGUUUUUCCUAUGUAUAUAGUUUACUAUCUUCUCUCUUUCUCGGCACAAAAUAUACCUUAAUAUGUAAUGUUUUCUGUAGGGAAAAAAUGUUGCACAUUGAGACGAUUCCUUUGAAGAGGGCAUUGUGAGUAAGAUAUUGCUUUGCCUUCCAGAUUACCUCUCCAAAGAGGCCAUGGCGCGACGUAUGCGCAAUAGUAGAGCUUGGCGCUAUGUUCUGAGUGGAGUGCGCCGAGAAUCAGAUUCCCGGACUUUUACAACGGCUUCUGGAACCCAUGGCUGGUCAUCUGACACUGAUGGGCAGCAGCACAGCGACUCUGAUUCAGAAUCAGAAUUUCCUUCUCAGUUGCCUUCCAUCCCCACAGCCAUACCUGUGACAGGAGAGUCUUACUGCAACUGUGAGAACCAGAACGAAACUCCGUAUUGCUCUAACUUCCACAUGGCUCAUCGGAUGAAGGAUUGCCAGUGUGGAGAGGAAGAUGAUUAUUUUGACUGGGUAUGGGAUGAAUUGAACAAAUCGGCAAAUACUCUCUUGACUUGUGACAAUCGUAAGGUAAAUUUCCACAUGGAUUACAGUUGUGGUACUGCUGCCAUCCGGGGGAACAAGGAACUAGCAGAGGGUCAGCACUUCUGGGAAAUCAAGAUGACAUCACCCGUCUAUGGCACUGACAUGAUGGUGGGGAUUGGAACAUCAGAUGUGAACCUGGAUAAAUUCCGUCACACAUUCUGUAGCCUGUUGGGAAAAGAUGAAGACAGCUGGGGUCUUUCCUACACAGGACUCCUCCAGCACAAGGGGGAACGGAGCAAUUUUUCAACAAGGUUUGGUCAGGGCUCCAUCAUUGGGGUGCAUCUGGACACAUGGCAUGGAACUUUAACCUUUUUCAAAAACAGGAAAUGUAUAGGUGUGGCUGCCACCAAGCUCCAGAACAAGAGAGUGUUCCCGAUGGUGUGCUCGACUGCAGCCAAAAGUAGCAUGAAAAUCAUCCGCUCCUGUGCUACCCCCACCUCUCUGCAAUACCUCUGCUGCUACCGUCUCCGCCAGCUGCUUCCUGACUACGUGGACACGCUGGAGGUGCUUCCCCUCCCUCCAGGACUCAAGCAGAUUUUGCACAACAGAUUGGGCUGGGUGUUGAGCAUGAACUGUGGCUCGCUCCAGUCCUCCUCCUCCUCCUCUUCCUCCUCCUCCUCCUCUUCUACCUCCUCAGGAAGCGAUUCAGACAGCUCUUGUGGCUCAGACGCUGAGGCACGCCAUCGGAAGAGAUGCAGGUGGAGGACUUAAUUUAUUCCCCCCCCCCUUCGAAAGACAGUGUUGUCAUGAAGGAUAAGCCGUUCCCUCAGUGUUACCGAGUGACAUUCUACCUUCCUGAUUGUGUCCUGUUUGAACACUAAAGCCCGUUUCAACUUACCAUUAAAGAGACAAAGCCGUUUCCACAGCUUCAUUUUACCACGUGGCCAGCGAGGUCACCAACACUGGUUUGCCACGUUUCCCGGAACAAGUCGUUCGAAAGGCCAGGCUUCUGGCAGCCCAGUGUAUCAAUAAGUAAUCCUUCCUGCAGCCAAAGGAAUGCUUAGGGACACCUCAGAAGCUACCACAUGUGCUAUGUGAAUUGCAGUAGAGGGCUGCCAGAGUUUCGGAGCCAAGGAGCAAAGCAGUCUUUCCAGAGCCAAAGGGCUCUCCUCCAUUCUCAGUGCUUUGGUAUUCAGAAGAGAACGUUAAACCUUUUGACAGCGUAAGUGGUAUCAUGUGAG